CACGUUUAUAUCCCAUGGGAUAUCCAUCUUGGCACUUCAUAUUCAACACUUCUCACUUGAACAACAUUGAAAUGGCGGCACACGACAAACACCCCAGCUCCAACAUUCCCGUGGAGCUCACGGAACAAUGGAGUGCCAUUGACGAGUACGCCAUGUCUCACCUCCACCCAAUGAAUAGAAACAACAAUGCGACUGUUCAGACAUCUCUCGAGACUACUCUUGCCGCGACGAAAGAGGAAAAAAUGCCGCUUGGCAAUGUUUCUCCCGCGUGGGGAAAGUUUCUUACUCUUCAAGCGCGCGCCAUCAAAGCCAAGCAUAUGCUGGAAGUCGGAACCCUGGCUGGUUACAGCGCCAUCUGGAUGGCAACGCAGGUUCCAGGUUUGAAGCUCGAUACCAUUGAAUUUUUGCCCAAGCAUGCCGAGGUCGCCCAGCGCAAUAUUAACGCGGCCGGUGUGGCAAACCAAGUGACUAUCCAUCAAGGAGCAGCGCUGGAUGUCCUAGCGGUGUUUGAGAAAGAGAUUAUCGAAGGAAAGCGAGAGCGAUUCGAGUUUGUUUUCAUCGAUGCGGACAAAAUGAACAGCGCAGCAUAUUUCGAUUACGCCGUGACACUCAGCAAGCCCGGGUCCAUUAUCAUCAUCGACAAUGUCAUGGGACGCUUUGGGGUAAGUGUGGCAGAGGAGGAUCCCCAGGAGGAGCAUGCCAAGGGAGGAAAGCUGGCAAUUGAGGCUGUAGGGAAGGAUAUCAGGGUUGAUGCGACUGUUAUGCAAUUCGUGGGUGCAAAAGGCUACGAUGGAUAUUUACUUGCUCUCGUACUGUAGCAAGUUAAUGCUAUGAUGAGGCCGUGGCCCUCACCGACGCGUGGUCGUCCCCACACCAAACGCAG